CGUCAUCAAUGUUGGCGGUAUUUUGAAAAAUAGGCUCUGCUGUCUGUUGUUGUAGUCCGCGUCGUGGAGGGAAAAAACUGUGGUAUUUGGAGAUUAUGGCGGAGAUGAAACCAGCAGAGCUGUCAGAGGAGGCUCUUAACGAGCUGAUGGGUUUGUGUGAGAACCAGUUUGCUCAGCUGGAAAAGCUUCAGAAUGAGAUUAUUCUGUGUGAACCAGAUUUCUGCGAGACUCCACAGGAGCAGUCAGUGAAUCAACUGAUGGCAACAGAAGCUGAGCUGAAGCAGUGGAUGACCGUGGAGCCCAAAUUGUUGGCUCGAAAUUCUGAAGUUUUACUUCAAGCUGGAAAAGACGAGAUGCUCAAGCUGUGCUCGGAACUUGAGAUGAUUGCUUCCUGCUACGAAGCAAAGCGAGACAAACUGAGGGAAACAAAAGAACAGGAACUGAAAUGGAUGGAGGAGAAGAAACAGGCGCUGAUGGCAGCCAAAGAUCAUGUUGAACGACUUCAGAGUGAAAAGGAGAAAUUGUCAGAGCUCAGUGUAUUGCAGGACACCAAGGCCAAAAUUCAGAAGAUGAAGGUCUAUCAGGAUCAGUUAAUGGAGUCUCUAGCAGAAGUCCUGGGGAAACACGUCCCUCUGCCUCACAACGAAUCCAGUUCAAACAAGAAGAAGAAGAACAUUACCCCAGAGCUCAAUGAAGACUUGAUUUCACUUAAUGAAAUUCUGGAGCUGCUCAUGAACAAAGUCCUGACCACACCACACGACCCCUACAUGACGAUAGACGACACAUUCUGGCCCCCCUACGUAGAAAUGCUGCUCCGCUAUGGUAUUGCAGUGAGGCAUCAAGGAAAUAACUUCAAGAUCCGCCUGGAAACCUUUUGGUAAGGCAGUGGUGCAUCAGGCCUACCGCCUCUCAAUGUCUGCUUGUGUAAUGAUAUCAUUAUGUAUAUUUAUGUAAACUGAUGUGAAGAAUAACGGAGCGAGAAAAGUAAUGAUGCUCAUGCUAGCUGUAUGUAUGUGAGUUGUUAAGUUUCACAGCCCCGUGCAUUUCUAAAAUGAUUUAUUUACAAGAUGCUCUUUGCACUUCACAUGUAUGUUUUUUUAUGUUUGUUUACGAAUAGUUUUGUUUGUACAUAGAAAUAAUGGGUCCUGUUAAUUUCUGCUUGUAUUUUAUAUAAGCAUUCAGUUCAGUCCAAUUUAGACAAUGUGCUGAUAUUUGACUCCAAAGGGUUAAAGUCUUCUCUAAGCUAUUUUCUUUUAUCAAAGGCAAGGUUUUAAUCAGAGAAAGGCGAUGUGUGUUAUUAUUUUAUAUAUUAAAUGUUUACUUUCCAUGCAAUGUUUUUCAAAUGUCUUGAAGGUUUUCUUGCCUAUAUAUAAUCAGACUGUGGACUGUAUAUACUGACAAUUUCUCUGUAAAUGUUUGUGUUCAUGUUCAAUAAACGUGGGAACUUUG